AAUCAUUUUUACAUGUUUUCCGGCUAAUAAUUAAAAACAUUCCUCAGUUACAAAAGGGGAAAAAAAGGUGAUUUAGCUCAAAAUCUUCAUUUCUCACCUAACCCAAUUAUCAAAGUUUCAAUCUUUUUUCAACCCCACAACUCAAAUUUCUUCUUUUCCCAUUAACCCAAUUUCAAUUUUCAAACCCCAAUUGGGGGAACAUGUUCCUUUUUCCAUUCCUUUUCUCUUCGCAGUAGAAAAUUCAGAAUACCCUUUUGAGUUUUACAACUGGGUUUGGUGUAAAUUUCCAAGCUUGAUCAACAAGUUCCUUUGUACUUUGUUGUAUUUAAUUGUUUUUUAAAAAUAAAGUUUGAGUCUUUGGUAUAGUAUCAGUCAUGGUGUGAUUUUGUUGAUAAGAGAUAUUAGUUGCAGAGAGAGAAAAAGAGAGAGAGAUGGUGGUGAGAAAAGUAGGUAAGUAUGAGAUUGGGAGGACGAUCGGUGAAGGGACUUUUGCUAAGGUUAAGUUUGCUCAGAAUACUGAGACUGGUGAGAGUGUGGCCAUGAAAGUUUUGGAUCGAAAUACCAUCAUCAAACACAAGAUGGUUGACCAGAUUAAGAGAGAGAUAUCGGUAAUGAAGCUCGUUAGGCAUCCUCAUGUUGUGCGUUUAUUCGAGGUUUUAGCAAGUCGAACUAAGAUUUAUAUAAUCUUGGAGUAUGUUACAGGUGGUGAACUGUUUGAUAAAAUAGCUCAACAAGGACGUCUUAGUGAAGCUGAUUCUCGAAGAUACUUUCAACAACUUAUCGAUGGUGUCGAUUAUUGCCAUAGUAAGGGGGUAUAUCACAGGGACCUAAAGCCUGAAAAUCUUCUACUUGAUUCUCAAGGAAAUUUGAAGAUUUCAGAUUUCGGUUUGAGUGCUUUGCCUGAACAAGGAGUUAGUCUCCUUCGGACAACCUGCGGUACUCCAAAUUAUGUAGCACCUGAAGUACUCGGUCACAAGGGUUAUGAUGGUGCUGUAGCAGAUGUUUGGUCAUGUGGAGUUAUCCUUUAUGUUCUUAUGGCGGGAUACCUUCCAUUUGACGAGCUUGAUCUCACCACUCUUUACAGUAAGAUUGAGAGGGCCGAGUUUUCUUGCCCAACAUGGUUUCCGGUUGGAGCCAAAUCCUUGAUAUAUAGAAUUUUAGACCCGAAUCCUGUUACUCGUAUCACAAUUCAACAGAUCAGAGAUGACGAGUGGUUUAAGAAGAAUUAUGUCUCUGUUAGACUUUUUGAAUAUGAAGAUGUAAACCUGGAUGAUGUGAAUGCCUUUUUCGAUGAUCCUCCUGAGGAAGAAAGGGAAACCGAGCCACGUCGAAAUGAAGAAAUGGGUCCUUUGAUUCUCAAUGCAUUCGACUUAAUAAUUUUAUCUCAAGGAUUAAACCUUGCAACACUGUUUGAUCGUGGCCAGGAAUCUAUGAAAUAUCAAACACGCUUUGUUUCGCAAAAGCCCGCAAAGGUUGUUUUAUCGAGCAUGGAAGUUGUUGCACAAUCAAUGGGUUUUAAGACUCACAUUCGAAAUUAUAAGAUGAGAGUGGAAGGCUCAACAACAGAUAAGAAUACUCAGUUCUCGGUUAUAAUGGAAAUAUUUGAAGUUGCUCCAACAUUUUUUAUGGUGGACAUUCAAAAAGCAGCCGGAGAUGCUAGCGAGUACCUCAAGGUCGGUGUUUUUCUCGUUAUCAUUUUUUAUUUCAAUAUUUGGAUGGUAAAUAAGAUGAUUGGAUUCAAUAAUGCUGUGGUGCAGUUUUACAAGAGUUUUUGUGGCAAUCUGGACGAUAUCAUCUGGAAACCACCUAAUGAAUCGAGCAAAUCAAGGUUCUCUAAGAGCAGGAGUAAAAGGAGAUGAUGGUUUUAAACUAACUCGGAAAAUUGUGUGUUUUAAGAGCUUGAGUUGAAUUGAAUGAUGGUAUGGCUGUCAAAGUAAAAAAGGUUGUUACUUGUUUGUUGGUUCCAAACUCAUCCUAAGAAGAGAGUGUAUUAGUUUUUUGUGUUAGUUUGAUUGUAAAGUGGUGUUUUUCUUUAUAAAGGUUGAAUUUUUAUAGCAGUUGAAACUUGAAACUUGUUGAAAGAGGGACCUAGUUUUAGCACAAUGCAUUAAGAUUGACAUAAACAACAACAAUAUAUAAUUUUUGUAUGGUGUUCGAAUUCGUACUAUGUUUUGCUUAUGUCGACUUGUAUUUUUUAAA